GAGGAGGAGGAGGAAGAGGAGGAGGAGGAGGAGGAGGAGGAGGAGGAGGAGGAGGAGUAAAAGAGAGAGAGAGAGAGAGAAAGAGAGAAAGAGAGAGAGAGGGAGGGAGAAAGAGAAAGAGAGGGAGAGAGAGAGAGAGAGAGGGAGAGGAGAGAGGAGAGAGAGACAGAGAGAGAGGAGAGGAGAGAGAGAGAAAGGGAGAGAGGAAAGAGACAGAAUGGGAGAGAGGAAGAAAGGGAGAGAGAGAGGAGAGAGGAGAGGAGAGAGAGAGAGAGAGAGAGAAAGGGGACAGAGAGAGAGAGAAAGAAAAGCGAGAGAGAGACGGGGGAAAGAGAGAGAGAGAGACAGAGAGAGGAGAGAGAAAGGGAGAGAGAGAGAGAGAGAGAGAGAGAGGAGAGAAAGAGAAAGAAAGGAAGAGAGAGAGAAAGGGAGAGAGGAAAGGGAGAGAGAGGGAGAGAGAGGGAGAGAGAGGAGAAAGAGAGAGAGAGAGGAGAAAGAGAAAGGAGAAAGAGAGAGAGAGAGAGGAGAAAGAGAAAGGGAGAGAGGAGAGAGAGAGAGAGAAAGGGAGAAACAGAGAAAGGGAGAGAGGAGAGAGAGAGAGAGAGAGAGAGAGAGAGG